AUGCGCGUUCAAAUCAGUCCCCCAAAUCCAAUCUCUGACGAGAUUAUUCAACAUCAGCUCGAUCGCAUCACGGUAGCAGCCAUCUCUCUGGGACACCACAAUAUUAAUCGACGACAGUUUCAAGCAGAGUUCCGCGAUGUCUGCCAGAAGGUCGAAACCCAUAUAAACGCGAAGGCGACCCCUUUUGGCCAAGUCAAGCAAAUGUUCCCCGACCUCGAUUUUGAUACGUUCAAACCAUUAUCCAAGUCGUGGCAAGAGUCGUUUGCCAACAAUCCUACUGUACCUCACUGGUUAAGGACACGCUUUGCUCAUAUUGGCAGAAAUGAAGAAGACGGGGCGACCCGUCUAGGACUACUUCUUCAUUAUGCGAUCAGAGUAAAACAUUUCAACAGGUGUCGGGGAUAUUCUGACCGUCUUGAAAUCAAAUCUCGGACUCCAUUCUCAAACAACGCCGUCCAAUACCAAGGCAAGGAGUCCUCUGUCUUAAGGGCCCCAGACCAUAGUCUCUGGUAUGGCAGUGAGGAGGAAGCUGCUGUUCAACUCGUGGUUUUUGAAACAUAUAAGUGCGACUUUGAAUGUAGCCAGAAACUGAGAUUAUGCCCAUGCUGCGAAGCAGAGGUUCUAGGCAAUAUGGCGAUGGUUUACUCCGAGCGAAAGCGUCGCGGAGAGGCGAAAUGUGGGCUUUGUGGCCUCUUGACGGAUCACAAAGAAUUUUUAUUCUAUCACGUUGAUGAUAGUGGUGAUUGGUCCUAUGUCGAUUUGAGAGUGACAACCCAUCAAGCCAGUGGUAGGGUGGACUACGGAGAUAUUGCUCAUUUUCUCACGUUAAUCUUUUUGGAAGCCCCAUGCACAGGAAAGGGAUUACCUGAUGAUAUGUUGCUCUUUGUUGGCCAAGAAAAACCUUAG